AGGUCGAUUCAUUAACAGUUAUUUUAUUGUGUAACAAAAGUUAAAGGCAAUUCUUAUUCCUCUUCGGUAAAUCAAUGUCGGCAUUUGGAAUGUGUUUCGAAGUAUCUACUUUUGCUACUAUUGUUAGCAUUACAAUUCAUUAUGUAAUUUGAACUUCCUCGAAAUUUUUAAAUAAUGAGACUUGGAUAUUUAGUAAAGAAGUGAACACGAAACUCAUUCUCGGAUAGUUACUAAAGAAGUGAACACAAAACUCAUUUUUGGAUAGUUAAUAAAGAAGUGAACACGAAACUCAUUGUCAAUUUUAUCUCUCUCGAGAAAGAAGAAUUCUUGGCUCUGAAAAGGGACGUUUUCGGAACUUAUAGUAGUAGUAGGCAAUAUAAUUUAUUACUCCGCUUUUAAAUUUAUAUACAUCCUCUUAGUAACUGCUUUCUUCUCUAAUUGUGGCUUGGCAAGUUUUUCGGGUAAUAUAAUCCUCAUCAUGAAAGAUCUCAGGUAAACCAGCCUGGGUUUUAUUGUGGUUCUUAUUACGUCAUCUCAAUGUGACCAUGGAUUCUCUGUUAUAAAUGACAAAUUAUGACAAUUCUUUCCAAUUAUGUUCGUACAUGUGUCCCUAUAUAGUAAGAGCAUCAGAUGUAAAUACAGGUAGCUUUCCUUCUACGAAUUCUACUCCCAACCGAUUUGGUUACAUUUCUAUUUUCUGGUAUUUUAUCAGUGUUUUCGAUCAUUCCUUCAAUACCUUUUGGCGAUAUACAUAUAGACGCAUAAUGUUCAUUCCGUAUAUUCAAAAUGUGAAAUUAAUUAUCCUCGAUUUAAUAUAUCGCACUAAAUCGCUUUCUGUCUUUGUAAUAGGUACAAACAAUAACAACCCUGUUCAGUAGUGUUCAAAUACAUUCACCUUUAACGUAUAUUAUACAGAAGUAUUUACAUAUGUAAACUAUCUAUCGUCUCGAAAAUUUCAAAUGUCUAAAACCACAACAGACGAUUGAGUACCAUAGAAUUUAUAAGCAGCUAAAGCUAAAUGAAGGAACAUUCUUAUUUGAAGAAAUUAGUUCAUUCUUGUAAAUGGCUAUCGAAAUCUUUCUUUGUCUACAUUUCUGUUGUCGAUAUUAUUCUUAGAGCUAAAUACGGAAUUGAUUCUACAGAUUUACAAUAUUUUGAACUGCCUUUAGUUUUACUGAAUUUUCAAUUAAAGUUAGUAAUAGUCUUGUUGAUGUUGAUGUUGACUAAAUGUGUACAAGGAAAGUAAAGAGAGUUGAUUAAAUGUGCAUAAGGAGAAAGUAAAGAGUGUUGAUUAAAUGUGCACAAGGAAAGUAAAGAAUGUUGAUUAAAUGUGAACAAGGAAAAUAAAGAUUCAGAUUGUUUUUAGUAAUAAUCUUAUUGUUGAUUAAAUGGGCACAAGGAAAAAAGAUGUAUCUAUUUCAAAUGUACAUAUGAGCAUGUAUUGUAUUUAUCGCUUAACGAAGCGUGAACCGUGGGCUAAGCCGUAAGCGUGCUUCCUCCAUGUAGUAUAUGCUCUAAGGGGCCAAAUUGCUCUUUCCUCGAAUUCCCGCUAAAUCAUGUGUGUCAAUGUGGCUCCCACCACUCAAUUAUCAUAGUGUAUAGCAAAACAGAGCUAAUUAUACUAUUGAGGGGCACAUGGACGUAGUUAACGAUAAUUAGUAGGGAAGUUAGUGUAAUGAGGGGAAGAAGUUCGGCAGUCGUGGUAUAUAAGAAAUUGGAUCGAUACAUUUCGCAUUGUUCACAAUGAUUUCGACAAGGGGAAAGUGCGUUAUUUUGGUCUUCACCGGUUUAGUUUUGAGUAGCAAUAUUUGCUGCGUUUUAGCUUCAACCGCGUCAGAAAUCAUCGAUGACGAUGAUGUUAACUUGAAUCAUAUUGAAAAUGUACAAGAUUAUUUGAUCAACGGUACGUUUUCUGACGAAGACGAAUUUCCUGAUAUGGGCAGUGUAAGGAUUGUUGGAGGAGAAUACGCGCAAUUGAAUCAGUUUCCGUUUAUGGCUAUCGUCCAUCAAUUGAUGGGUAAAGGAGUGAUUUCAAAGUGCGGUGGCAGUAUUAUUUCGUCGAGAUGGGUAUUAACAGCGGGCCAUUGCAUGGGCUCCAAACCACGUUUAGUCGUAUUCGGUGUUAACGAUAAAACAGGGAUCGGCUACAAUUUCUACCGAGGACCAGGAAUCGCUAUGUGGAACGAACAAGGUGUUCUUCAUCCCGGUUAUAGCAAGACUGUAAACGAUAUUGCUUUGCUCUAUAUGCCACAAAAUAUUCCGUUCGGAGAAAAUAUCCAACCUAUUCGACUCGCGGGAUUUAAUCACGGAACAUUUGCCGGUUGGAGGAGCGCAGUCAUUGGCUGGGGAGUAGACGGUCCAACCGGGUCGGGAACAGACAGUUUAAAGUACGCGGUACUAUCAAUCAUUUCAAAUUACGCAUGCUCUACAUAUUGGAGCAUUACUGAAAAACACAUAUGCACAGCCAUACAAAAUCAAGAAGCAUGCAGGGGUGAUAGCGGAGGUCCACUAGUCGUAUACAUUGAUGGAAUGCCUCUUCAAAUCGGAAUCGUCAGUUAUGGAGAUGGGGCUUGUCCAAGCGGCAGGCCUGGUGUAUUUACGAGGGUUUCUGCUUUCGCAGACUGGAUCGCACAUAACACUGGACUUUAUUUUUAUUAAAAACAUUCAACGGUUGAACACCUGGUCAACUACAAAGGGAUUGUAAAGGAAGGGAAUGAAGAGAAAGAAGGGGACUUUUCUGACCUGCGCCGGCUGCACCACCAUGGUUAGCUAGGGGAGGAACUCUCCUAGCAAGCCGACUAGGUAUGCAGCCAGUUUUGGAACACCGAUAAAACUAACAUGUGCUCAACGAAUGACCUCGAACAGAACUCCCGCAAAGAAUACUGAAUUUUGUAGAAUGUUAUAUUUCUGUCUAAGCGUCUGUCUUCGAAUAUGUUAUAUGCUUCAGUUGAAAUAGUUGAAAUCUAAUGAAUUUUGACAACGUAUCUCAUAAUUUAUAACGAUAAACCAAAGAAAACAUUUUAUAACCAAUGUAGAAACAUGAUAUUUAAAGGAUUAAAAACAAUAUUGUUCCCAUUCUGAAACGACUGUGGCUCAUAAAAGAACCAUUUUGUAGGUUAUCAAUUUCCUCUCCUUUUAUUGAUUAAGUAUU